AUGGCAGUCCAGAUGUUUGAGGGGAGAGGGCACGCGGCUGUCUACCGGAAAUACAGGUUUGCUCCGGGCAAAGAGCUGCAGCAAACCAUCCUUGCCUAUCUGCAGGAAAAGAGGGCAAACCCUGCCGAGCUAGUCGUGGAUGUCGGUUGUGGAUCUGGACAAGGCACCCGCUUCCUUGCAGAGCACUUCAAGAAGGUAGUGGGAACGGACAUCAGCGAAGCACAGAUCCAGGAGGCCAGGGAUGCACCCUCCAUGCCCAAUGUCUCCUACCUCGUGUGCCCUGCAGAGGAGCUGCCUUUUGAGGAUGCCUCAGUGGACCUCCUGACUUCGUUUGCAGCUGUGCACUGGUUUGAUAUCGAGAAGUUCAUGAGAGAAGCAAACCGGGUGGUUAAGCCAGGUGGUUGCGUGGUCAUCAGCACCUACACUGUGGACAUGAGUUUGCGCUAUGGAAACUGCUCUGAAGAGCUGACGAAAGUCUUCAGGGAG